AGAUCCUCUGAGGUCGUUGACUUGUACCGGACACGGUUUGUCUCUUUCAGAAUCUGUCGUUUCAGCGAGUAAAUGUACGGGCGCAACCAAGGACACCUGUAUCCAGGUGGUAACCCCACCUAUCCUCCACAAAUGUCGAACUACCCUCCUGUACAACCUGGAACCGUAUCCGUGCCGUGUUAUGGGCAGGGACAAGGUUGUGUGCAGGGACAUGAUCAUGGGCAUAAUCCAUGUCAUGGACAUGUGCAUGUAUAUGAGCAUGGACGUGGACAUGAACAUGGACAUGGCACCAGCCAUGGCACCAGCCAUGGCACCGACCAUGGACACGGACACAAGGAUAAGGACAAGAAAAAGGACAAACAUAAACUCAAGCUCAAGCACGGCCAUAAGCACGGCCACAAGCACAAGCGCUGUCACAAGAAAGGAAAGACCAGCCAUGGGUCGUCCAGCAGCGGCUGCAGCAGUGACUCUGACUAAAUGGAAAUUCUUGGAUCUCCCAGAACCCUGAGGCUUUCUGAUCAUGAUAUGUCUCUGUGGCUCUAAACUGAAACAAUCGGAGCAUGAUCAGUUUGAAUAAAUAAACCACACGGUU